UUCACUUCUAGUGUGAGGUACCCAACUGAAGCUAGAGAGCAAGAAAAGAAGUUGAUAAGCAAAUGGCCAUGCAGCUAAACCUGUGAUCGUGGUUUCCCUAUCAUCAUCACUCAAAAUCGUCGGAUCAUCACAACACCGCCGGUACAUAGAGACUCCCCCACAAUUAAAGGACGAGCUUCCCUCCUCUGCAGCGAGGGAGGCAUGGGAGAGUACGUGCGAGCCUGUGGUUAAUUUUUGCCUAUUAUUCAAGUGUCAUUCACACCUGGAUAUCACGAUGCAACGUGGGAGUCAACAGCUGCUACAACAUCACCGACCUGUCGACUGCACUCACCAAAGGACGCGCCGGUCUUUCUCUCUCUCACCUGUGCUUACUCGCAGGAAUUUUUUCCCACCUGAGAAUGCGUGGUAUGGAAGCCAAAUAAAUGAACUGCUUGCAAGAACCGUUCAUCAGUGACACAGGUAUUUGUUUCCAGUUCGAACAACGGCGAUAUCGUCAUACAGUUCAUUUCUGGAAGAAAAGCCGGUUGUGCAAGUGUGUUGUUGCUGCAGUCUCCCAAUCAUGUUGUCGGAUGUUGGCUGGAACAUCGUUCUUGUUGUCGUUGCCGUGACGCUGCUGGUGUGUGUCAUGGUCAACAUUGCAAUGAAGGGACAAAUGAUGCAUCUAGACGAUAGCUUUGUGAAAGAGGUGUCCUACCUAAUAAACACUCAGAAGGCCCGCAUAAAUGAAGCAUUCUCCGAGGUGGAAGGAGAAGCCAUGACAACAAGAAGAAAACUGGAGGGGCGGCAGGGUCCCAAGCACUUGGAGAAGAUGUUGUUUACCAAUAAUCGCGAGGAGGAAAGGCUGCAACGCCACCUGCAGGAGCUGAAUAACAGCUCCAGACUCCGUGGUAUGGAGCUGGACCGCGAGAAGGUGGAAGUUCACAACGAGAUGCGUCUGAGCAGGCGCCGUAACUCUGCGCCUUCCUUGGUUAUCCCCCCUGCUGAUUCCCACGCCGAGACAACAGCAGCACCGGAAUCAGCGCCAGUGGCCUCAAGUCUAGGUCCGAAACCUUUCGCCAGAGGCGCAGGGCCAGCGACGUCCAAGUCAAGGCAACCCGCCGAGACCGACCCGGCGAACGAGUAUCUCUUGACCGAGUUCAAGAGGGUCUCCGAGGUCAUCCCCAACAUCCUGAACUCGCUAAACAGACCCGAGGACAAGUGCGCUGCCGGGGGCGACAACCAGAAGAGGGACAACAGUAGAUGGAAGGCUACUCUGAUGGCAGCAGGGAGGAGGGGGUCUCUAGCUGGCGUAGGGGGAGGAGCAGCUCCCUUGACCACACCUAGACUUGUUCCGGAUGAGGCUUUGACUCGUGCUGGCACGCGCGAAACACCCGGUGAGCCGAAGAUAGCAAACAUCGUCAACAUGAUACGCAAGAUCAAGUCUCUGAGGGGCGACAUGGCAGCAAACAAGAGGGCGGAGCUUAUGCGAUCCAAGACCACCUUCAAGGACCUCCUCAAGAACAUUCAAGAGGAGGAGAGCAAAGGAGGUGACUGUGAUACCUACACAGAUGGCGCGUGCUCUCUUCUGAGGCGGAAGAUGUACAAAGCUCGGCGAGCCAGCUGCCCGGUUCUAGAUGUCGCUUCAGUUGUUGCUUCUGAAGCGAGCAGCAUAACAAGGGAGGCUAUUCUUCAGAAAAGAAACUCAGCCCCGUUGCCAUUUGCCUCCCUUGCUACGCGUCCCACGCCUGUCUUGGGGCGGAGCAGCAGCUCCAUGGCGCUUCUUGGCAGACUCGGUAGUCGAGAGGCGGAAGGGUACAGACGGGCGCUGCUGCAGCAGGAGGACCGGGAGCUGACGGAGAUGAAGGUGGCAACAGAGUGGCGCCGCUACGAUCAAAUACGCAAGCGCAUCGGCCACUUCCUGCAUGACGUCGACAACCCUGCGCGCAGAGCCUCGCUCCCAAUCCUGCCAGACUCUGCAGUGCAGGAGGUAGAGCUGCAGGACUCGUGAGAAACACCUGGCCGCCGUUGUCUGUGGAUUACAAUCUAUAUCUAUAGUUGUUGUUUUUUUUCAAAGUAGAGCACAGUCUUGGUGUUUGUUCGUCUUUUUUUUCCAUCUGUGUUAUCAAGUACAGGAACUCUUGACAUUGUUUGGUCCUACGCUGUGCGUAGGUCUCAUGUUUUUCUUUAUAUUUAUUGGAAACAAAUGUGUUUAAAUGACUCUUCGGUGGAAAUCACAGACUUCGAAGGAAAUGUGAUUAAUUAUGAAGAUCAAAAGAUGGUCGCAAUGACAGUUGGUGGCUCUUAUAUGAGCAAUCUAAGGCCCGUCUUCUAGGCUAAAGAAUCUCUUCUGCAAGAAUGCAAAAGGAAUGAAAACGUGAAUGGGGAUAGAUACCUUCGAUAGAAGUCUUAUAGACUGUUAGAUAAAAUUCUUAUACAUACCCCGCUGUAAGUGAUAUAGCCCUACUUAAAUUUAUUUACAAUUCUUGUAGAUACCCAACCAUAAUCGUAUACCCAGCUGGAAGUCUUAGAGAUAUCUAGCUAGAGGUGUUUUUAUACACAUACAUUACUUUUUGAGUGAGAGAGAGUGUGUUUGAAUAGGUGAGAACACAGGCAAGUGCCUUAAUAUAGGUAAACCUGUGAGAGGUAAACUUCAACGUCUGUUUUAUUUUUUCAAUAAUGUUUUCUCUUAAAAUAUGAAUAAUAAUUUCAUGUUAACGACAAGUAUUAUAAUAAAAAUAA